UCAAAGUUAGAAACUCUAUAUAACAUUUUACCCAUCUAGUCUCUGAAACCACACAAAUCCUCCUCGCCUUCUUCAUUUUUUUGUUUUUCACCAUGGGUAGAAGAAAAGUGACACACCAAUUGAUUGCUGACAACGCCACUCGGCGUGUUACAUUUCGAAAACGCAAAGAUGGUUUAUUGAAAAAGAUCAAUGAAUUGACCAUUCUAUGUGGUUUACCCGCUUGUGCCAUCAUUUACAGCGAGUACAAGGAUGGUCCUGAGCUCUGGCCAAACGUUAACGAGGUUCGUUCUCUUCUUGACAGGUUAAGCGAGCUUCCGGUGGAGAAACAGACCAAAUACAUGAUGGACCAGAAGGAUCUCAUGAAGAAGAUGAUCCAGGAGGCUGAGAAAAAGUUGGAGAAAGAGAAGUGGUAUACUCGUGCGAUGAAACUUGGGAUAAUGGCUUCGACUAGUGAUCUAACCACUGAUACUGAUUGUUCUGAGGAACUGGCCAAAGCAGCCGAGGUAGUUGACAAGAAGCUCAAAGCCAUCAGAGAGAGAAUCAAGGCUGUGGAAGCAGGAGCCCCUAUCAUCAAGAGAGAAUAGCCUUAUCAAAUAAUAAUUUCUUAUCUUAUCUUUAUUAAUGUCAUCGUUUUAAAUUGUUUUCAGAUUAAGAUGGUUUGGUUUAAUGGUGUUGAAAUUUAUGUUCUAUGAUUUGCUUUUGCAUUCUUAAGAAGGAUUUGGAGAAUUAUAUAAAUCUCUUUGGUCUUCGUGUGAUCUUGAUUGA